UCUGCAUAUCAGAACGGCGUCGAGGCGGUUGAUAUCGCUGUGAGAGGCGGUGCACAACGGGCCAGAGUCGCCAUCGACUUCAAUUGUUUGCUAGAGCAUUGAUUACGAGAGCAGGUGCGUGUCGUGCACGCUGAUCUGGCGGAGAUUUGUUCACCGACAAGCCGUGUUCCUCCUCUUUCUGUUGUGGUAAAGAGCAAUGUGCAGUCCCCCAACUUAGCUAGCGCCGCUACCGGUACCGGUAAGUCCGCGGGAUUGCGACAUCGGGUCGUCGCAAGGAAGCUCGGUCAGCGCGGACGCCAUGUCUCGCCUUUCAAGACCGUCCGCUCGAGCACAGCGCCUCUGCCCUCACCCACACCAGCAUGCUCAGAACAGCAGCGCGACAGCUCGCCGCCUCCGGCCGGCGCUCCGGCGCCGCCGUCUCCGGCGACGCCAGGGCAAUCGGCAUCUCGCAAGCGCAGGGCAUCGGGCAGCGGGGUUUCCUCGAUGCGAUUGGCAAGACGCCGCUGAUCCGGCUGAAUAAGCUGUCCGAGGAAACAGGCUGCAACGUGCUAGGCAAGGCCGAAUUCCAGAACCCCGGCGGCAGCGUCAAAGACCGCGCGGCCCUCUUCGUCGUCGAAGACGCCGAGCAAAAAGGCCUGCUGAAACCAGGCGGGACCGUCGUCGAGGGCACAGCGGGAAACACGGGGAUAGGCCUCGCGCACGUGUGUCGCGCAAAGGGCUACAGGCUCGUAAUCUACAUGCCGGACACGCAGUCGCAGGGCAAAAUCGACCUUCUACGACUGCUAGGCGCGGAAGUGUAUCCCGUCCCCGCGGUCCCGCUCACGGAUCCGCAAAACUACAACCACCAAGCGCAGCGCCACGCAGCGCGCCUCGACAACGCAGUCUGGACGAACCAGUUCGACAACACGGCGAACGCGCGCGCGCACUUUGAGACGACGGGGCCGGAGAUCUGGCACCAGACCGCCGGGACCGUCGACGCGUUUACGUGCGCCACAGGCACGGGCGGUAGUCUGGCGGGCACGACGAGGUUCCUCAAGGAGGCCAGCCAGGGGAGGGUCAAGGCGUAUCUCGCGGAUCCGCCGGGGUCGGUGCUGCACAGCUACAUUCAAUCUGGCGGCAAGCUGGCGGAGCGCGCCGGGGGCAGCAUCACCGAGGGGAUUGGGCAGGGUCGUGUGACGGACAAUCUUGCGCCGGAGAUUGAGUUGUUGGAUGGCAGUGUGCACAUCAGCGACGAGAAGACGAUUGCGAUGGUGUACCGGUGUUUGGACGAGGAGGGGCUGUAUCUGGGCGCGAGUUCGUGUUUGAAUGUUGUGGCUGCCAAGGAGGUUGCGGAGAUGCUGGGUCCGGGGAACACGGUGGUGACGCUGCUGUGUGAUGGUGCGUAUCGGUAUGCGGACCGGCUGUUUAGCAGACGUUGGCUCGAGGAGAAGAAGCUGUUCGGUGCAGUGCCGGAGCAUUUGAGGAGGUAUAUUGUGCUGCCGUAGUGCGAUGUACAACAGAGGCUGUGCAAUGUACUCUACGCAGUCCAUUCUGUAUGAUACAGACAUUCUACGACUCUACACAGACAUUCUGCGACUCUACACAGACAUUCUACGACUCUACACAGACAU